AGCCACCAGAUUUCGAGGUUACUUUAUCCUGCUAUGGCGGACUUUUCAAUGGUGCCAAUUGUUGCUCUCUCGGAUACGACCAAAGAAUCAAUUUCGUCGUUACUUAAUCCUAGAAAAUGCUUGCCAGCAGACAACGGAUUGCCAAGAGAUUGGAGAGGAUUGGCGGAACUGGCGGUUUUCGAUAGCGUGGACCUACCCAAUCUGUCAUCCAAGUCAGAUCCGUGUGGAUAUGUUUUGAGCAUAAUACAGAAGAAAAGUCAAGGUCUUAUGUUUGCUACAUUUCAAGCAUUGUUGGAGAAAUUGGAGAGAUGGGACGUCAUCGACGAUACAGCCGCUCUAAUGGAGAGAGAUGCUCAGAUGUAUAAACAAUGUUCCCAAAGGACGUCAACAUCGGCAAAUGCUAUUGACAACCAUGUUGAAGAACAGAUAAUAACAUACGAUGAUUUGUGGCGAGUGCCACAAGGCUUAGGCAAACAGCAGUAUGAUGCAUUUCUUUUAUUCGCUGAAGAGGACAUCAAUUUUGUCGAUGAAAUGUGUGACAAGCUGGAAGAUGACUUUGAACUCAAGCUCUGCAGAAAAGAUCGAGACUUUAUAGUUGGACUUCCAUUCGAACAUUCUGCAAUAAUGAAAUUGAUAUCUGAACGAUGUAACAGAUUAAUUGCAAUAUUAUCUCCCAAUUUUGUGAGAAGUUCAGUAAACGAAUUUUUAGUCAAUUUUACUCAAGCACAAGCAAUAGAGACAAGGGCGCGUAAACUUAUCCCCUGCUGUUACGAGAGAUGCGAGGUACCAGUCCAAUUGAGAUAUUACCACAUGUUAGAUUUCAACAUACAAAGCAAGAAUUUCAACGUUUGGGAAAAAUUAAACAAAUCGAUAAAAACCCCAGAUGUUCGGUGUCGUGAAACAAGAGCAACUGCCUUACCUACACCUGCAGUUGAGAAAUCAAAGCCGUGUAAAUUUUUACAAGAUACAGAAAGAAACGAAUGUUCCAUGGUUGAAAAAGUUGGUGAGGUGAAAAAAACUUCCUGCGAGUCAUACGAGCCGAAACUACCGUGUAAUGUCGAUAAUGUUGACGUGGAACCUGAGAUAAUACCUGAAACAGUUGCACAGAAAUCGAAAGGACCGUCGAGGUUUUUCAACUUUAAAAAAUUCUUACCUUCCAAACAAAGUAAAGUAAAAUGUUCAUCGAAAGAACUCAAUGAAUCCAGAAGUCUGUCCCUUUUCGAUCUUUCAUCGCUUGAUUCGAUAAAUUCUCUAUCGGAUACCUGUAAAAAGAAAAAAACUACUAGUAACAAAUAUAAGAACAAAAUUAGCGUUUUUAUGAAAUCGUGAUUGUGAAAGAUGGUUUCAGUCAUAUUUGACACCUCAUUGAAGAAUAGAAAUUCUAACUGUAGUUGUUUAUGUUUACUUGUUCGGUGGACGUACCGAU